CGGAUGCCGAACGCUGAUCUGCCUCCUGCAUUGGAUGUGAUUGGAUGUGCAUUGUGCACAAAGCUGCUGCAGGAAUGGGCUUCUGAACGCUUCUCCGCGCUUUCACGAGCUUCUCAGCUAGCCAGAUUCGAGUUUCCUUCAGUCCCCCUUCAGUAAAGGCCAACGGCAGUGGUGUACCCUCUCGAAUGAGUUUUUCACAAGGAGAGGCGAGCCACGUUACAUUCCAUUGGGUAGUUUAGAUAGAUCGCAUGGUUUUUUCCUUGCACGAUGACCUCCUGCAUCCGGCGGCGUCAAGUCUCCAAUGCUGUGAUCAAUAAAGAACAGCAACCUUCUCUGUGGUACAGCCGCGCAGCGCUUGAGUUGGCACCAGCCGUGCAAAACCACCAGCCACAAAUGCCUGCAAUGCUUUCUGAUUUGCUAUAGGUAAGUAGUGAAGAAGGUGUCGCUUGACCCUAUGGCUGCGAUUGAUCGGGCGGGUCAGAAGGUGCACAAAGUCGCCAGCUGCCGAGUUGGAGGCAUCAAAACUCGCAGCUUUGCUUCGGCGGCUUGUUUACCAACAAAAGGGUGGUCACCUUCCUCCGGUCAAUGUGGAUUCCUUGACCGAGCUUUGAGCGAAGGAAGGCCGGUAAACCACCCGUCAGAGACCCGUACAAUCAAAUCAAUCAAAGCGCACACUGCAGGGCGGAUCAGAGUGUUUGACCGGCCCUUCGGGCGGUUGAGUUCGUCUCAGGGGUUUCUCGAACCGGGCCCCAGUACUUGCCCCCAUAAACAAAAUGCACCGUGCUGUUCGCUUGCUGCUGAGCGACAACGGGCCGGCAACAUACAAAAGCAACAAGAGCCAACGUUUCAGAGGGCUUUCGUCUUGGCUGAUCUACAAGCGCCGCUCGUAGUGCGAGAUGCUAACGGGAGCCCACUGAUAGGCGGGUUUGGGUUACAGCGGGGGCUUGCAAAGGAGUUGCGGGAUGCGGAGGCUGCCAAGGAUCAGCGGAAACGUGUAGCUGCAGAACAGGCUCGUUUGAUACUCGAUCGGCUUCUCCAAGGUCGGCGCAACGGAACACCGGAUGAGAAGACCUUGGGCGCCCACCUCGAGUGGUUGUGCGAUCAGCGGACGUUCGGUUUGCUUAUGAAGGAACUAGGCACCGCCUCCUGGGGCGACACGGCCGGGGGCAUCCUUUCCUUCCUGAGAAAAGUCGGCCGCUCGCCCGACACCCGGGGCCAUUCCGAGGCUCUGCGAGCACUGGGCCGCGUCGGACAAACGGACGCCGCCCUUCAAAUCCUCCGCGAGAUGACGUCAUCGGGGCCUCCUCCAGACGUCUGGUGCUACUCGGAAGUUCUAAAAGCGUUGGCGAGCGCCGAGGACGUGGGGGGGGCGCUGGCGACUUUUGCGGAGAUAAACGAGAGGGGGGUGGCGCCGAACGUUUGGUGUUGCAACUCGCUCGUGACGGUGUUGUGCAAGGGGGGCCGGGUGCGGGAAGCGAGGGGGAUCUUGGAAGCGAUGCGGCGAGGUGGGGGGAUGGCGAGUGAGGGGAGUGUGACUACGCUCAGCGGGGGCAGUGUAAAUACGCCUCAAGGGGAGAGAGAGAGGACCGAAACGAGUGAGAGUGGGAGGCAUGAGCAGGUGGGCAGUUUCGAGCAGGUGGAGCUUACUUCUCAGACGGGGGUGGAAGGGAGCGCAGAAAGUCGGGACGCUCCGGGGGGGCUCUCUGAUGAGUGGAUGACUGCUUUUGACGAGAAGGAGCAGGGCGGCGCAGUGAGAGAUAGCAAAGGAGGGCGCGCGACCACAGGCAAAGCCUCAAGGAACAGUGAAACGAAGGGCAAGUUGACGAUGGCUGGGGGAAAACGUGGGGAGAGAAGCGGUCACAUCCCGAGCGUGGUGCGUUCGUUAGAGGCGUGUGUUGUAGAAAGACAGAACCCGGGAGACGCGUCCGUAGCUGCCCUCAAGAGAGAGGUCCAGCCAAGGGUCGCAGGUGGUAUCCUCAGGCAGCCUGCUGAUGAAGAUGACGUCAGCGUGCCGGCGCCUGCAGACAUUGGGGCAAGUCCAGCGGUCGAUCACAAUCCUCCUACGGGAGACAACGUGAGGCUCUUGGCAAGGGAUGACGUCAGCAUGCUGCUCGGGAGCAGUGCAGCGGCCGGGCCGCAUGGGCGAGGCAGGGGCGACUUCGAGGGCCACCGAGAAACCGGACGGGAAAACGUUGCUGCGAUGAUUGUGAACGGGGACAGCGUCGGUGUUGACCGGUUGCUGGGCGUGUCGUCGAAGUCAGAGCUUGGAACACUGCCGCAUGCCUUGGCUGAGGGGUUUGGUCUGAAAGAAGUGUCCCAUGAGGCAGACCGGGAAGAAAGAACAGGGGCGGAGGCAAGUGGAACGACAGAGGGGGAUCCCUUGAGGGGCACGGAGGAUGUCACGCGUUCUUCUCAACUGCUGACCGGUCUGGAGGUGCUAAAACGCGCCAUGCUUGGGAGUCGGCAGAGCCACGUGGACUCUCCGUCGGUCGUCUUAAGGGUACUUGAGGCGGACAGCGCAUCCAAAGGGGAUCCCCCUGGCGAGAGCGCCCCAGUGGGGGAUCCCCCGGGCAAGGGGCGAGCUGGGGCCUUCCGGGAAAACCGGAAUGUGCGGCUGGACAACGGAACGGCCCUCAGAAGUGGCGUUGAGACAUUAGAGGUUGAUUCAGAGGAAGAAAGGGGCAGUUAUGUUGAGCGGAGACAGGACAAGGGUUUGGUGCAGGGAAGUGGGGGAGGGGGUCGGACGAUGGGGGAAAAGGGCGCUGCGUAUCACGGGCGCACCAUUGAUGCGAGGAGUCGAGCGCACGGCUCGGGAGUCGACGUGCAAACGGACGGUCCAGAUGCCACGCUAGCUCGAUCGGACGGUUCGCGGGUUGGCAGUCAGACGGACGGUCGGAACGCUGAGCUCGCUGACGAGACUCACAAACGAUGCGGGGCCUGCUCUGCGGAAAACAGCGGCGAUCCGCAGAGCACCGAUGAGAGCCAUCGGCAGCUUCGGUUGCAAGAAGGUCGUUCGCGUCACCUCCCGGAAGAAAGCAGGCGAACUCUGACGUCAGCCGAAGUCGAGCGUCAACACAGUAACAAGGCUCCUGUCACAGAACCGACGGCCGAAAGGGAGAGGUCCACAUCGCCCGCUCGUUCCUCCGAGUCUAGUCGCGCAAGGCAAGAUCCGCUUCCCCUGAAGGCCGACGUCAGCAGCGGGAUGCAGUCCAAGGCUGACGUCAGAAACGGGGUGCAGUCGAAAGCUGACGUAAGAAGGGCGCUGCAGCGGUGCCUGCGGUGGGGGGCAAAAUGGCCCGCGGAUUGGCCCCCCCCACCGGCGCCGGAUGCCGUAACGUACAACGUUCUGAUCGGGGCAUCGGACGGAUGGCGCACCGCCGUCGAGCUGCUAGAGGGCAUGAAAGCGGACGGAGUAGCGCCGACGCAGAUCACUUACAACUCUGUGCUGACGUCAUGCUCGCGUGCUGGCGAAUGGGAGCGCUGCAUGGAUUUCUGGAACGCCUUGCAGGCUGCGCGCCUCCCCCGAAACGACUUUGCGCUCUCUUGCAUCGUGCGGGCUCUUGGCGCGGCCCACUGGUGGGAACAGGCGGUCGAGAUGGUGAAAGCGGCCAAGAAGGGGUCCUUUGGGAGGGACUGCAAACUGUCUGUCCAAACGUGCACGAUGGCCAUCUCUGCAUGCGCUCAGAGUAGGCAGCGGCAAGCGGCCGUUGCGCUCCUCCGGUGGAUGCAGAAAGAGGGCCUCAAGCCGGACGUGGGCUCCUAUAACGCCGUCAUGCAAGCGUGUAUCCAGGCGGAAGACUUAGACGAGGCUCUCCAGUUCUUCCAGGAACUUUUGCGCGCGCGCCUGCGCCCCGACUCGCACUCCCAGACUUUGUACAUACACGUUCUGGCGCUCUGCGGACGCUUCACCGACGCUCUGGACGCUUUCUGGGGCUUUCGGACGCGGCUCGGAGUGCCGAACAUAGUCACGUAUAAUGCGGCCAUUGUCGCCUGCGGGAAGGGACUCAUGUGGAUGGACGCCUUCAAAGUGUUCCAAGACCUAGACGCCAGCGGGUGUGCUCCGAACGUGACGACAUACGAGGCGCUGAUCAAGGCGCUGAGCGACAGCGGCGAGCUAGAGAAGGCGAUGGCGGUCUUCCAGUCGAUGGGCGCACGAGGAGUCAAACCGCAGGUUCGCGCUUUCAACAACCUGUUGGACGGCUACGCCGAGCUCGGCGCGUGGGAGGACGCGCGCGCCAUCUUCGACUCGAUGCAGCGCUUCGGGGUGCGCCCCGAUGUCGUCAGCCACAACAUCCUCAUCCGGGCCUACUGGCGGGGGGGCCAAUUCGCGUCCGCCGUCAGCUGUUUCGCCAGCAUGCUGGAGGGUGACGUCACCUGCCCCCCGGAUGACUUCACCUACCGGGGGGUGCUGACGGCGUGCGACCUGGGGGGCUUGGGCGCAGAGGCGCUCUGGGCGCUCGAGCAGAUGGAAAUCUUAGGGGGAUCCCCCUCCGCUUUCCACUACGGGCGGGCUCUGGUGGCCUGUGCGAAGGGCGGAACUUGGGCGGAUGUUGAGGAACUGUACCAAUAUAUGCGGGGGGAGGCUAUGGAGAUCGAAGCGUCGGUCUACAUGGCGAUGUUAGCCCGGUUAGAGGUCGAGGGGAACACCGGGCGUGCUAGGGGGGUGUUGGCCGAGUGGCGGGAGUCGGUAUCCGACUACGAGAUUGGGGUCGGGGGGUAUAACUUGGUGCUCGGGGCGUAUGCCAGUGCCGGGGACUGGCGGGAAGCGUUGGCGUGGAAGGAGGUAAUGGAGGCCCGGGGGAUCACCCCGAGCGUGACGACGUACAGUAUGUUGGUCGGGGUGCUGGAGAAGAGUGGGCGGUGGCAGGAGGCGAUGGCGGUGUAUGGGGAGAUGCCCAUGAAGGGGGGCGUUCUCUAGGAAGGAGGAUGUAGCGCAGAAUAGAUGGGGAGCUACGUAAUCGAACUGAAAUUAUUCUUGUUCUUAUUCGCUAGAACUUAGUCAAUUUUUGGUCAAGAGUCCCACCGGAAAAAUCUCUUGGGAAAUGUAUAUAGACCUGGUGGGGCGCAGUGCGAUGCAAACCACGCAAGUCAAGAUCAUCAUUGAAGAAAGCGACUCGCAGUAAAGACGUUUCCUCCGUUGUCCUGCUCGGUCAACAUUAGCUAGUCACAGUCA